AUGGCCAAGUCCUUUGUGGUGCUGGUAGUUUCUGUGUUGGCUAUGCUGAUGGCCAUGGAGGCAGCAUUUGCUGCCGAAUAUGGUACUCCCAAAGGCAGCAACAACAACAAUAACAACACCAACAGCAACAACAACGACGGCAACACCAACAACAGCGGCAACACCAACAACGGCAACAACAAUAACAACAACAACAAUAACAACAACGACAACAACAUCAACAUCGGCGGAAACGGGAACGGGAACGGGAAGAAGAAGGGCCCGGCGGAGAAGGACUUCGACGACUUGCCCGGCGAAGGAAACGGGCUGGAGAGGCACAAGUGCAAGGCCAAGUCCAAGUGCAAGAACAAGAUCCUCGUCUGCCCACCAGAGUGCCCUUCCAAGAAGCCCAAGAAGAACAAGAAGAGCAAGGGUUGCUUCGUCGACUGCAACCGCAACUGUGAGGUUGUUUGCAAGUUCAGGAGGCCAAACUGUGACGGGUACGGAUCCCUAUGCUACGACCCUCGAUUCGUGGGCGGGGACGGAAUGAUGUUCUACUUCCACGGAGCCAAAGGAGGAAACUUCGCCAUCGUCUCCGACACCGACCUCCAGAUCAACGCCCACUUCAUCGGGACCCGGCCCGAGGGAAGGACCCGCGACUUCACGUGGGUGCAAGCCCUCAACCUCAUGUUCGACUCCAACAACCUCGUCAUCGCCGCAAAGAGGCUGUCCAGCUGGGACGACGCCGUCGACGCCCUCACCGUCAGGUGGAACGGCGACGAGAUCUCCCUCCCAACUGAGGGAGACGCCGAGUGGAGCACCUCCACGGGAGAAAGCCGAAGUGUUGUUGUAGAGAGGACCGCCGAAACAAACAGCGUGAAAGUUAGGGUUUCGGGGCUGGUGGAGAUGAACAUUAGGGUUCGGCCCAUCGGGAAAGAGGAGGAUAGAGUGCACAACUACCAGAUCCCGAACGGCGACGUUUUCGCCCACCUCGAGACUCAGUUCAAGUUCGACAACUUGUCGGAGAACGUGGAGGGUGUUUUGGGAAAGACUUAUCGUCCCAACUAUGUCAGCCCGGCGAAGGUCGGCGUGCCGAUGCCGGUUCUGGGAGGAGAGGAUAAGUACAAGACGGCGUCGCUUAUGUCUCCUCUCUGCAAGGUUUGCAGGUUCCAACCUACAACAGUAAUUGCCUCAGCUUAA